GUUUUCUAUUUCUCUUUGGGUGCGUUGUUCCCAAAAUUCCAAUUCAAUCCACGAGCUCACUGGGAAACACAACUAACAAAUCUGAGCACAACCAUCUGAGCACGACACUGCAAAAACUGUCUGGUAGACCGACCGGUCAAAAAACGCCUUCUCGAUAGAUAUACACUUGUGUUACCCUUUCUCUCUAUCUUCUCUCUCAUAAAACCCUAAAUAUAUAUUCUCUUUGUUUCUUUCUCUUUGUUUUCUCUCUCCAUGUCUGGAAUUAUACCCAAAGCUGAUUAGCUAACCACCCUUCAAUAUUUCCUAGGAUCGUCACCUUACAUCUCAUCAAGUUGGCAUUUCUUGGGCAGCUUCACGUAUCUUCCUCAAAGUCAUCUACCUUUUCUUUUUCUUUUUCUUUUCAUUUAUUUAUUUUUAUUUUUUAUUUUUUACCUUCUCUAUUUCUCUCUCUCUCUCUCUCUCACUCUCUCAAACACAUACCUGCAGGUCCUUUUAUCUUUUACCUUCUCUUCAUCUCCACUUUUCAGUUGGGAUUUUAAAGGUUUUGAUUAUUAACUUGAAUGAUAAUCAUAUCCUCCUUUCUCUCUUAUUUACUUUACUUUCAAACCCAUAUUAAUUUUAUUUUUCCAUUUUUUUUUUGUAACGAAAAUUCUAUAGAAAAAAAAUAGAAAAAAAAAAAAAAAGAGUUAGCCAGUAGCAUUGAAGAAAUAGAGAAGGUUUGGUAGUGAUUGUUCGAUCUGAGUUUGCGAACAAUGGAUGCACCGCCGAGUAGUCAUCUCCAAAGCAUGUUACAAGCGGCGGUGCAAUCUGUUCAAUGGACUUACAGUCUCUUCUGGCAAUUCUGUCCACAACAAGGGAUUUUAGUUUGGGCAGAUGGGUAUUACAAUGGAGCAAUCAAGACAAGAAAGACAGUACAACCUAUGGAAGUUACUGCUGAGGAAGCUUCCCUUCAGAGGAGUCAGCAGCUCAGAGAGCUUUACGACUCGCUGUCUGCCGGAGAGACAAACCAACCGGCAAGGCGGCCUUGCGCAUCUUUGUCACCAGAGGACUUAACUGAGUCGGAGUGGUUCUAUUUGAUGUGCGUCUCAUUUUCAUUUCCUCCGGGAAUUGGGUUGCCGGGAAAAGCAUAUACAAGGAGGCAGCAUGUAUGGCUUACGGGUGCAAACGAGGUUGAUAGUAAAAUCUUUUCUAGAGCCAUUCUAGCCAAGAGUGCUCGUAUUCAGACAGUGGUGUGCGUUCCGUUACUAGACGGCGUCGUUGAAUUUGGUACGACAGAAAAGGUUCAAGAGGAUCUUGGGUUCAUUCAACACGUCAAGACCUUCUUCGUGGACCAUCAACACCAACACCCUCCUCCUCCCCCACCCAAACCAGCACUCUCCGAGCACUCCACUUCCAAUCCCGCCACCUCCUCCGACCACCCUCUUUUCCAGUCUCCUCCUCUCCCCGCCAUUUACACCGCAUCCGACCCUCCUGAAAACAGAAACCUAGAAGACGAAGACGAGGAGUUAGGAGAAGAAGAGGAGGAAGACGAGGUCGAAGCAGACUCGGACUCCGAGGCAGAGACAGGACGUGAUAAUGCUCUGACAGUGUCGGCCCAGAACCUUCCGGUUUCUGACUCAGCUGCAGCGGCCGAGCCCAGCGAGUUAAUGCAGCUGGAAAUGUCGGAGGAUAUCCGGUUGGGUUCGCCUGACGACGCAUCCAAUAAUUUGGACUCAGAUUUUCACUUGCUGGCCGUGAGCCAGUCGGGGAACCACCCAGAGGAUCACCAGCGGCGAGCUGACUCCUAUCGAGCCGAGUCGACACGGCGGUGGCCGAUGGUAACGGACACAUUGGAAAGUGGGCUUCAACCACCGCCUUCUUCUGGAGCCCCUCUACUUGACGAAUUCACACAGGACACUCACUACUCGCAAACCGUAUCCAAUAUCCUCCAGAACCAGCCCAGCAGGUGGGGGGACUCAUCGUUGCCGUCCAUCAAUUACGUCACCUGCUCCACCCAAUCGGCAUUUGCCAAGUGGACGUUCCGUUCAGACCACCACGAUGCUCCUACGGAGGUCACUUCCCAGUGGCUUCUGAAAUACAUACUGUUCAGCGUGCCGUUCCUCCACACCAAGUACCGCGACGAGAACUCGCCGAAAUCGAGGGACGCCGACGCCGCCUCUCGCUUCCGCAAAGGCACUCCGCAAGACGAGCUCAGCGCCAACCAUGUCUUGGCCGAACGACGCCGUCGCGAGAAGCUGAACGAGAGGUUCAUCAUGCUCAGGUCCUUAGUUCCCUUCGUCACCAAAAUGGACAAGGCCUCCAUUUUAGGGGACACGAUCGAGUACUUGAAGCAACUCAGGAAGAAGAUUCAGGAUCUCGAGGCGCAUAACCGGCAGAUGGAGAUCGAUCACCAACGGUCGAGAUCCAGUGAGAUACAGAGGACGAGCAGCAGUGGUAGUUUGAAAGACCAACAGAGGAGCGGGGUCACCGCUGUGGAUCGGGCCCGGGUCGGCCCACCGCCCCCGUCGGAUAAAAGGAAGUUGAGAAUCGUAGAGGGGAGUGGCGGCGGUGCGAAGCCGAAGACGGUGGAGUCGCCGCCUCCGCCAUUAUCGCCGACAUCGACGGCGACGUCGGUACAGGUGUCGAUCAUAGAGUGCGAGGGUUUGUUGGAGCUGCAGUGUCAGUAUAGAGAAGGGUUAUUACUGGAUGUGAUGCAAUUGCUUCGGGACCUACGGAUUGAGACCACUACAGUCCAGUCCUCCUUGAAUAACGGCACCUUCGUAGCUGAACUAAGGGCCAAGGUGAAGGAGAAUUUGAAUGGGAAGAAAACGAGCAUUGUGGAGGUGAAGAGAGCAAUAAAUCAAAUAAUACCCCAUACUGACACGUUAUAGGAUUACGGAAUAAGAAUAUUUAUAUAUAUAUAUAUAUAUUUUUUUUUUUCUGAGUUUAGGGGAAUCAAUCCAAUAUAUGACUAAUUAAGCAACUAACUCGCGUACAAAUUGUAGUUUUAUCUCUCUGAUUGUGGUUCUGACAAAAUAAAUGUCAAUAACAUGUUCCUGUAUUAAAGUUUGAACGAAAUGCAACAAGUUAUGAGCUGAAAUAUUAUAACAAAAGCCCAUACACUUUCUUCCAUAUU